GAUCAUUCGCGACAGUGAGACCCUCGAAAACGGCCGCCCGUAGAAUUUAACGACGACUAACGAUGAAAGCUAGCCUCAGGUUGGCCAUGCGAUCUAGCGUAUUACUGGUUUUGGUGGCGUUCGCCUUCGUUCUGUCCGUGGCAGAACAGGUUUCUGCUGCAGACGCCGCCACUUCGUUCGGAAAUGACGUGAACCGCGACUUCAACACAAAACGGAUCAUUGCACUACUCAGGAGAAGCAGCCGCCAACCGAAUGCCCUCGCGGACAGCUGUAGGCUCUACGGGCAUUCGUGCCUCGGAGGUCACGGCAAAAGAUCAUCACCGGUUACCGCUGAAGAAGUUGAUGAUGACGGCCCGAUGUAUCGUAUUGACUACGACUGGCUGCAAAGCCGCAUCUGAGACUCAAAUACAGUGGAAGAGCGAAAGAUGAUCGAUUUGCCCCAGGGCAUCAAUUCUUGGUUUGACAUCGGCCUGAUCCGAUCUUGACACUAACCCAUAUCGAAUGUUCUUCAUGGAAACGGGGUAUCAACAUUCCACUCGAGAAAGCCGCAGAAGGAUUGAGGAAGGGGGAGGAGUACGGGGAGCGGGAAAAUCGUAUCCGUGAGCUACGAACAAACGACGAAUAGAGAAACGGAAGAAAAAUCCUAGCGAACGAUGUUUCAUGUAGCGAGCGAAUUCCUACCGCCACGAGAACGCAGUCCUUCGUGUCUCGAAGACCCAAGUGUUCGACGACGCAAAAACGACCCGAACAUUCAUUCGCGGCCAAACUGCAACGGCCCUCGCGUUAUACGCCGAUAGAAUAAUAAAAGGGAUG